AUGAUUGUGAUUGCGUUCUUGACUUUUCUUGUCAAUGGAGUUGUCAAAAUCUCAACGCCUGAGACAUUUAAGGAAUUAACUGAAGGAAAGAGUGUUGUCAAAUUUUAUGCGCCAUGGUGCUCGCAUUGUAUUGCUCUCAAACCUGUCUUCGAGAAAUUGUCUGAUGAGUUUCAGGAUGUUCAGUUCGUCGAGAUCAACUGUCAACAACACGAAAAAUUCUGCGUGAACAGAAACAUCAACGGAUUUCCAGAAAUUCGAAGCUACGAGAAUAACGUGGAAGUCUCAAAAUACAGCGGACCUCUUGACGCAACGAACUUACGAAAAUAUUUGAAAGGAGAAAAAGUCGGGAAAGCUGAAACGCGCGUGUUCCAGCUCAACGCUUCUAAUUUUGAAAGUGUUGUUAAUGACGAAACUAAAAAUGUUGUGGUCAAGUUUUAUGCGCCGUGGUGUGGAAUAUGCAAGGGAAUGAAAGACAAAUAUGAGAAGUUAACAGAGAUAUACAGUAAAGAAACAGACUUGGUUAUUGCAGAAAUGGACUGCACUGAGCAACAAAACGUGAAAAUAUGUAAAGGCAGAUUCAACAUUUCUGCAUAUCCUACUAUAACGUUUUUCCCUAAAGAUUUUAAGUAUGGAAAAGACUUCACAUACGAACACGAGAUCACAACAUAUCUAAAUAGAAUGAACAGAGAGUUUUGGUACUUCAGAAAUGAAAAUGGAAAAUUACAGGAGAACGCGGGGCGGGACAAAAAGAUGGACAAACUUGCUAAUGAGUUUUUGAAAUCGCACGAACAGCGACGAGCUGAUAUUGUUGCCGUUUUCACGAAUUCCAAUAAAGGGCGAGUGUACAAAGACAUAGCACAACACAUCAUUGCAAAGGGCAGUGACUGGAUUGAUGAACGCAAGAAGAUUCUUGAGGAGAUAAAGCACACUGACGAUUUGGCCUUCAUUGAGCUCAACAUAUUACAACAGUUCAAAUAA